AUGUCUGAUUUUGAGGAUUUCAGCAGGCCAGGAGGGCAGGCAAACGUGUCCGAGAGCUACCAGCUGAACCCCACCAGCGUGAUCGUGUCGGUGGUCUUCUCCCUCAUCUUCCUGCUGGGCACCAUCGGCAACAGCCUGGUGCUGGCCGUGCUGCUGCGGAGCGGACAGGUCGGAUACAACACGACCAACCUGUUCAUACUCAACCUGAGCGUGGCCGACUUCUUCUUCAUCAUCUUCUGCGUCCCUUUCCAAGCCACCAUCUACUCCCUGGAGGGAUGGGUGUUCGGCUCCUUCAUGUGCAAAGUGGUGCACUUCUUCAUCAACCUCACCAUGUACGCCAGCAGCUUCACACUCGCCGCUGUCUCUGUUGACAGGUAUCUGGCCAUUCGCUACCCACUCCGCUCCAGGGAGCUGCGAACCCCUUGUAAUGCAGUGGUUGCCAUGGUGAUCAUCUGGGGUCUUUCCCUGGUGUUUGCCGGCCCGUAUCUCAGCUACUACGACCUGAUUGAUUACGACAACAGUACUGUGUGUAUCCCCGGCUGGGAGGAGCAGAACCGUAAGGUGCUGGACACGUGCACCUUCCUGUUCGGCUACGUCAUCCCCGUGCUGAUAGUGAGCCUCUCGUACACUCGAACCAUAAAGUACCUGUGGACGGCCGUCGACCCUCUGGACGGCAUGUCGGAAUCCAAGAGGGCCAAACGCAAAGUCACCAAAAUGAUCAUCAUUGUCACCGUGCUUUUCUGUAUAUGCUGGCUGCCGUACCAUGUGGUGAUCCUGUGCUACCUCUACGGAGACUUCCCUUUCAAUCAGACCACGUACGCCUUCAGGCUUCUCUCUCACUGCAUGGCCUACGCCAACUCCUGUGUCAACCCCAUCGUGUACGCUCUGGUGUCCAAGCACUUUCGCAAAGGCUUCAAGAAAGUGUUCAGCUGCAUCCUCAGUAAAAAAAGGAGAAAUAAGGUUCAUGUAGUUCACGUGGCCAACACUGUGCCUGGGUUUGAAGCAGGCUCCACAGAGGUGUCUCAGAUGAACGAGGAGAACAUACGACAGAAUGAAUGUGAAAUGAUUAACAGGCCGAUCGCAGAGCCAAGAGAAGCCACAGUGACACUGAAUUUGCCCUUUCAGCGGCAGACUUGACGAGUGAUUCAUCGUCGUUGACAGGCUUAGUACAGAUUGCCUUU